AGAGCAUUAAGCUCUGAUGUACAUUAACGGUAUGCCAUUACUCUGUCACACGCUGGCUGCAGCUUUUGUUCAGAUCCUCAUAGUUUCAGGCAACUGGAUUUUGGCCAAGAACAUCAACUUCUAUAACGUGAGACUUCCAGUAGACCCUACUCCAUUUCCAAGCAGCUUCAAGUGCUUUACUUGUGACAAUGUUAUUGACAAUUACAACUGUAACAGAUGGGCUGAAGAUAAAUGGUGUCCUCAGAACACUCAGUACUGUUUAACAGUCCAUCACUUUACUAGUCAUGGAAGGAGCCUCUCUGUCACCAAAAAAUGUGCUACCAGGGAAGAAUGCCAUUUUGUUGGCUGCCAUCGCCACAGAGAAACUAGUCAUACAGAAUGCAUUUCCUGCUGUGAAGGGAUGAUUUGCAAUGUAGAUAUACCAACAAAUCACACAAAUGCUGUUUUUGCAGUACUGCAUGCUCGGAGGACAUCAGGAGAUAGCAGACAAACUAUUAGUAUCCUCUUGCUGGUCAUACUCAUCAUAGUUUUCAUGUUAUGACAUGACUCUUCUCAGUCAGAAGGAAUUUGUUGUCUGGAACUACAUGAAGACAAUCUCUGAUGGAGAUGAAGAAGGAGUUUCAAAAGGUCUCUUACACAGCGCUGCUGUGUAUUUGAAGACUGCUGCUCAUAUCAUGGUAGUGAAGAUGCUUGCAGAUACUGGUGCCAAGGAAAUUAAGCAGGAUGGCCAAAUAUUAUGUCAACUUGACUAGUUAUCGGAAAUAUCGGAAUUCUUUGUGUGGAACCUAGAACAGUUUGUGGUUUGGCACAUUAUUAUAGCAAAUUAUUACUGUACCAUUUUGAAGUAUUAAAAUUGUUCCUCAGCUGAAAUAAUACAUUAUGUUUUCUGAAGUGGAGAUACAAUACUCUUAUUGUAUAUCAAAAUUCUUCCUAGUUGUGAGUGAUCCCUACCUAGCUGCAAUCUUGACUGUUUUCUGAUACUGUUACAAUUUUCACAGUCCCCACUGUGGGUUCCUAUAUUCUGAUAUAGGAUAUAGUAUAUAAUAGUCACUGUAGCAGCACCAUCAGAUCGAGGGAGAAAGAGAUGGAAAUGGCAAGGUUUGUUAAUAGUCCUUUUUGGGCAUGGAGACAUUAGCAGAUGUCUGACUAUGAGAGUUCAGCUUGAUGCAAAGAGUAAAUAGUCAAUAGUAGGAGUCCUUAAAAUAGGCAGAACAAUUAGCUGUGCGCCUCAAAUGUCUAUAACAAGACUCUGCCUUUUCUCCACAUUGCCCUUGCUGGCUUUGAUUUCCAAACACUAUCAGUAUUGUAGGAUUAUCUCUUCCUGAGGAGUUGCACCCAGCUGGAGGACUGGAGACUUAUCCAGACUCUCUAGAGAAGAGAGAGAGUCCAAAACACAACUGGUUGGUUUGCUCGACACUCAGAAAUAUGAACAGGAAGGAAGGAAGGAGUUAGGGAGACCAACCCAGAGGAAUGGGCUUCCAGCUGUGCUUGAAGUGCGUAUUAUUCAAAAACUUGUUUCCUAAAGGAUCCAAGACAAGUUCUUGUGCAUCACCAUUGGGUUGUAGCUCAGUCUCUGAGGGAACCAGCAUGUGUGUAACAGCCAGUGCAGGGCGUAUAUGGCCGACUUCAAAGGUCGUGGAAUUGAACAUCCUGUUCCGUAAGAAUCAAAGCUAUACAAAAACAAUUGAGAUGUGAACUGCAGUACAUUAAACCCAUUUUAAAUAACAAACAGAAAAAUUCAUGGAAACAGAAUGUGGACAAUUAUAAAUAAGAAUUGGUACAAAGCAUACAAAUAAAGAAGGCUGGAAUGACUGUUCACUGCAAACAUUUUGGAUGAUAAGCAGUGUGCUUGUAUGUUUAUAACUAUUUCUGUUUUUUAAUCUGUCUUUGGGAAUUCAAGUUUACAAAGGUAUUUUACGGAUAAUAAAUACCACAUUAAAAUAAUAAUAAAACUUUUAAUUGGAAAUUAGUGUUACAUGUCCCUUUAAUCAUAACAUCUGAAAAAAAAAGUUUAGUUUUACCUCUUUCUAUACUUGUACCAAUUUCCUCAAACUGUUAAGCAGUACCAAAGCUGAGGGUUAUUUUUUUCCACCACCAUCUCAAGAUAUCUGCCCAAGAUAUCUCAGUACACUUCUGGCAUCAUGUAGGAGCAAGGGUAUAGGCAGACUAUUGCUUGGAAUAGGCAGUGUGCCUUUGUCUUCUGUUUCUUGGCUGUCUCAACUGUGCACGGUAGCCUUGAAGUUUAACGAUAGCUAGAAGCCAAAUGAAAGUAUAGGGAAAGGUUUUCAUUUAGUGGUAGAGCUUCUGCUUUGCCUAGAAAAGAAGCCUGGUUUGUUGGCUGGCAUCUCCAUGUAGGUCUGACUCUUGUGGAGUCAGUGCCAGUCAUUUAAAUAAUGCUAAGUUAAAUAGACUUGAGGUCUUAAGUUAGUGCCAGGCAAUAUUCCAUGUUCCUUCCUAGAACUUUGAUUUGUAAGGUCAGGUGUCAUUCUAAUUCACUGUUAGUUAGCAAAAAUUUGUGUCCCAAAUUGAUUUCAAAUUAUAGUGACUAGCAAAUUGCAUAUUAUGGAAUAUUUAUUUGAAUGUUUCUUGAUCCAUGGUUUAGAGUCAUAUCUGAAUUAAAUCCAGGGGAGUGCAAACUGAUUUCUGGAACUUCUGAACUUUUGCUCAACCCAGUGUCUGAACCCCAAAGCCUUCAGGAACAUUAAUUUAUUCAGCACGAGAAGCUACAAUCAAGAAAAGGAAGGAAAGGGGAAGCCUUAUGUUGUCCAGAAGUAUUUGGAUGUUUCCAAGGAUCUCUCUCAACAAAAGCAACUAAUGCAAAUGAACUAAAUUCUAGAAAGUGUUGUGAUUUUAAUUUGAGUUUUAAAAAGAAGUCAUUUUAGAAGUACAUUGUUUUCAUCUCAGUGGCCUUCUGUUGCAUAGGAGAUUGCUUAUUGAAUAAACUACAGUUGCUUCAAUUUAUUAAACAUAAACCAUGAUUGAUCAACAGUGAUUACUUUAUAUAUUAAGCCAACAUCAAACCAUGUUACUACUUAGCUUGAUAUAUUGACUCAGGCUAUUUCUUCUUUUGUUUUGGUGCAGUUUCUUGAUGGACAUUUUAAUGGGCAAAUUAUUUAGCUUUGGAUCAGAUCCAAAUGAAAGCUAAAUCUGCUAACCUGCAUGAAAUAUUCAACAGAGAACUUCUUGAUUCCUACAUCUUUACGAGAUAGCCAAAUUAUUUAUUUUCCUUCAAAGUGCAAAUUAAGAUUGCUCUGCUUGUGCAUUAGCAUCCCACUGACGUGCCAUAAAUAGUCUAUAUGCAAGGAGCCAUCUGGAUAGUUUUGUUAUUAUGUGAAAAUGUGUGUGCAUGUGUUUGUAUGUGUGAAUGCAUUUAUGAUAUAGUACUAUACA